AUGAUGGCGCGCUUCGUAACGAUAACCCCUGAUAUGAGUGAGGCUGUGAUACUGCAUCUGAGGAACAACUUCUUCGCUGACGAGCCGCUGAACAAGGCUGUCUCCCUGUGCCAGAGGGGGGAGCCUCACGCAGCGCUCGAGAGGCUCUGUGCUGUCACCAUCGCCGAUGGACUGUCCGUCGCUGCUGUUGAAGGAGAUACGGUGGACAAAAUUCUGGAAUGCAGGAUAAUCUCAGUGGAUCAGCAGGCAAGGGGACGUGGUCUGGCUAAGGAGUUGAUGUCCCGCAGCAUAGACGUUGCUGUACAAAAUGGAUUUAAGCUGUUUAAAGCGGAUGCAACAGGUGCUUUCUCGCAGCGAAUCUGCAGCUCCUUAGGUAUGGAGGUGAUCCGUACUGUCCGCUACGAUGAAUACCUCGACUCCUCCGGUACUCCUGUUUUCAAUGUCCCUCCUCCUCACGAAGCCCUCGCUAUCAUGGUACGGAAACUACCGUGAAGGGAGCUAGAAGAAGUUCGAAUA